ACUACUGCUGGGGAUUUAGUAGAAUUUGAAGAUUUAUUUCAAUGUUAUACGUGUUUACGUUGUGAACGGUUGUGCGUCGUGGAUUUAAAAUUAAAAAAAAUAAUUUGAAAAAUUUGAAAAAUUUUAUUAAAAAAAAUUUAAACAAAAUUAACAUAACUGUAAUUGUUUAAAAUUAAUUAUUAAACAAAAAUAAACGUGUUAUUAUUAAAUAACUAAAAAAAUUACAAAACUAAACAAAAGAAAUUUUGCAAAUAAAUUUGAAAUUUUUUAACAACUAAACUUUUAGACAAAAUGUUCAGCUCCUUCACAGCCUCCCUUAAAAACUUGGGCGAUAAGACCGCCAAUCUCUUCAGCAAGAAGAAGGAUGAAGCCGAAAAAUUGGCUAAAGAAAAGGCUGAGAACGCACAAAAACUGGCUGAGGAACAGGCCAAGAAAGUAGGUGAAGCUGUGCAGCAAACCAAGAGCGAAGCUGAAAAUUUGGCAGCCAGUACUGCCAAGGAAGCUGCUGAUUUAGCCGCCCAAGAAGCUCAAAAAGCUGGCCAAGCCAUCGAUGCUGGUGUUAACCAAGCUGCUGCCGCUGUAGACAAUACUAAGAAUGCCGUCAACAAUACCGUGCAACAAGUCAAUACUGUAGCCGCCAAUUCCAAGCAAGUUGCAGCUAAUAUUGCUGAUGCUUCACAAAAGGCCGCUGCCAAUGCUGUCGAUCAAACCAAAAAGGCUGCCAACGAGGCCAUCAACAAAUCCGUCAAGGCUGCCGAACAAGUAGUGGACUCUAAAAUGAAGGAAGCCGAAAAUGCCGUCGAUGGUGUCAUGAAAACUACCAGCCAAGCUGUUGAUCAAAAAAUGCAAGAAGCCAAUCAAUAUGUCGAUCAAAAGAGAGAGAAUUUGGAAAAGACCAUACACGAUACCGCCGUACAUGCUCAAGAAUCUGCUGGCAAUCAGGCUGCCAAUCUUAUGGGCAAAUUGAGUUUGGCAAAAAAUUAAAUCAAAAUUUAUAAUAUUUAACUAAAGUAAACAAAAACAGCAACAACAACAACUACUACUACUUUUUAAAAAAUUAAAAACACACUAACUCAAUUAUUAAACAAAAAACAGAAAACCCAGAAAAGAAUAACAGCUUCAUUUAGUUAAAAAAAAUCUUGUGCCAGUUUUGUGAUCUUUUAAAAAAAGAAAAUUGUUUUUUAAAAAUUUAUAUAAAUUUACUACACAGUCAACAAUGACUAAACAAAAGCUUAAAAUAGUAAAACAACACGUGGCCUAUAUAGAAAACAAACAACAACUGAAAAAAUCGUAUAAAGAAAAACAAUUUAACAAACAAAAACAAAUUCGCUUGUAGUUUAAAAUUAACAAAAAAA